AUGUGUAUACUUGACGCUUUCUUUUUGCCUCACCAGACCGAGCAAGACCUACGGACUCGGCCAAAUCCUGAAAUUGCCGAACGCUCGGGAAAGAAUUUCAACGCUCCGACCGCAUCCGGACGAAUUCCUUUUUUGCUCAAAUUGAACAGCCCCAGAAAAAAAAAAAGGAAUUUAUCAGAUGGCGUGCUCUUACGGAAGAGGAAGAGCAACAAGGUCGGGAGUCCCAAAGAAGGAAAUUUGUUGCCUGUCAAAGAUGCCACUCGCAUAAAAUCAAAUGUUCCGGAGACCAGCCGUGUAGCAAAUGCCGCACGCUAUUUGGAUCAGAUCCUCGCAGAGAAUCAGCGGCUUAAGGAACGGUCGAUCACCUCGGCUCAAGUCGCCGAGACCAACGACCCCUCGCAAAGAGGCCCUUCCAAGACAGCAGAUGUCCCUGAUGGAACAGGCAUUCAGAAUCCAUUGAUUGGAGAUCGAGCCUGGUUUCACCGGUAUGAUCCCUCUUCGCCGCCCAUCUACAUCGGCGAGGCAGCAUGUUCAGCAUUCGCGACACGGUUUCGGCUUUUCUUGUCGGGGAAUAGUGGAAUGCCACAUAUUCCGCGAACACAGUAUGAGCGCGAAGAGACAAUCGCCGCAGCGAACGAAGCCGAUAUCCAGUGGCCGAGUCUUCACCAUGCUCGGUUGUUAGUCCGGAUAGCAAUCCACCAGAUCGGACAUCUGUACCACCUCAUGAUGCGCAAGUCGACGUUAGAUAAACUGGAAGAGAUCUACCAGACACAAGACUUUGACUGCGCGGCUAACAAGUGUAAAUUCUUCGCCUUGUUCGCCUUUGGCCAGGCGUAUUCAAUCAGAUCUGAGCCCAAUUCUGGCUCCAGGGUACCAGGCACAUCGUAUUUUGCUCGGUCAAUGGGAUUGGUCCAGAUCCUGCCAGAGAGAACCAGUGUUACACACCUGGAAACCCUGCUACUGUUGUCUCUUUUCUCAUACUAUCUCAACCGGCGUCAUUCAGCAUACAUCCUGAUUGGAAACGCCAUGCGGAUGGGUUUGACCAUCGGCUUGAAUCAUAAUAUCCCGGAAUCACAGCUCAUCGACCCAGUGGAGCGCCAACACCGCAUCCAAAUAUGGUGGACGAUCUACAUCUUCGACCGGAUAUAUCCACGUCGACAUGCCUUCAACCAUCUCCCCCGCUGGCGCCACGAGGAAGAACUCUCCGACUCAGAAUACAUGACCGCCAACAUCAAGCUGGCACGCAUAGUGGGCGAGACAAUCACCCGACUGUACAGCCGGCGAAAGUACCAAGAAACCUUCCUCCAACGCGUUCAGAAACUCCUCAAAGCCCUGAAACACUGGGUAGAAACACUCCCCGAAUCCCUCAGACUCAACAUGGAAGACCUAGAAUCGAGCAAGAAACCCAUCGCCUCCCUCCACAUAGCCUUCAACCAAUGCGUGAUCCUAACGACGCGCCCAACGCUACUUCACCUCUUGAUGACACUAAGCAAAAAAAGAAAACCUCACCCGAACACCGGCAAUCAUACCAGUGGAGCCGAGACCGAAAGCGAUAGCGAAGAUGUAUCCGUUUCCCAACCAGUCCUUACUCUAAGCGAAGCAUGUAUCCAUGCAGCGCGACACUCCCACUCCAUGAUCCUGACACGGUGGAUCAACGGGUCCAUGCCAACCUUCGGCUAUUUCCACGCCCACUACCUCUUCUCCUCGGCAUUGAUCUUGGCAAUGUCCAGCUUUGUUCCAAUCGGCAGCCCGACUGAUAUGACCGCGUUCGACUCCGCGCUAGAUCUGCUACGCUCCAUGGCCGAGAAUGGGAAUUUGGCGGCGGCGGAAUUCUAUCGGAACCUGGAGCAGGUGAAGGUUUGUUUAGCUGCAUAUCAGGGAGGAAGGCGGGAUGACGGAAAUGCUGAUAUGGCUGCUGGUGGAGGAGUCGCUCCUAAUACCAACGCUAAUGCUAGUGGUAAUGCUGCUCCUUCUAGCACUGGUGCGGUGGCUUUGUCUGGGCCUUCGUCGGAUUUAGCAACAGCUACUACUCCUUUUUUGAACGCCUUGCCACUGAACCCAUCCACAUCGGCAACUAUACCUCCAGCAUCUUUGAUGCCCACAACACAUAGUAUCAUUUCUUCUGCCCCCACCACACAACCUGUCCAUAGCCAUGGAUUCGAUGCAUAUGCCUAUCCCUUGAGGGAUGCCGUCAGCGGGUACACGACCGAAAUGGCGUUUCUAGAGCCGACCAUGCAAGAUUUUCUGGCCCAGUCAGAUAUCGACCUCGGGCUGUUGCAUCCUGUUGAUACGUUCUUUAACGAGGCGGAGAAUCUGUAUACAUGCCACGAGUUUUGA